GCGAAUGGUCUCCUCAUGAUGGCUGAAACAAAAUUGAAAAACUUCAAUAAAGACAUGGAAGAAGGACCCUACAUACUUCUAUACCCAGAUGGCUCUGAAGUCAUUAAUAUUCCAGGGACACAAAUGCCAUUCACCUUGAAAGAUUACAAAACAGAAAUUGGAAAGCAAUAUUCAAGGAUAAACUUGUUUAUUUGCAGACAGAAAGACUUUAUAGAACAGGUUCUCAGUUCAGAAUCUGACUCCGAAGUUGUCAUAACCCGGAAAACUGAUGAAUCUAGCCUGGCUGACACACUGCCAAUAAUACCUCAACAUACAAGCACGCCACAAGACCGCAUGAACAGUAAAAUUGAUUCUACCGUGGAGCCGUCUCAAGGAAGUGGACAAGGACAUGUAGAAGAGAUAAUGCUCUCAGACUCAGAGGAUGACCGUCCAGGUACUUCCGCCCAUGUUGCGACGCAGAACUGGUGUUACAGAAAAUACAUGGAAGUGUAUGCACCUGUGACUACUGAAGAAGACGAUGAGCUAUUAAUCACAGCACACGGUCUUGACCUCCCAGUACCAAUAGAGGAACAAAACAGUGUAACAGCUCCUGAUAUUAUUUUAAAUCUGGCCCUUGUUAUUGAUCGAAAAAGUGUCAGCAGAUUCAACAUAACGAGAUCCAAUGUGUGGGAUGGGGCAGUCAGAGGAUUUAAACGCGUCUCAUACUCGGAAUUCAAUGACAUUUUUGUGAAGUUCUCUGAUGAUGCUGGCUUGUUGGAAGAGGGUCUUGAUACAGGGGGACCAAGAAGGGAACUUCUCACUUUACUAAUGAGCUGCCUGCAGAAUCGGCCCAUUUUUGAUGGACCUCCCUAUAGACGCUACCUGGUAUACAAUUCAGUUGCUGUUAGGGAGGAUGAGUAUUUCUUGGCAGGGAAAAUGAUUGCAGUGUCAAUAGUGCAUGGUGGACCAGGGCCCCAUUUUCUUUCUAAAGACCUGGUAAACCACAUUGUAGGCCAGCCCUCUUUCAGCGCCACUUUAGAAGAUGUCACAGAUGAGGGUGUAGUGAAAGUGCUGCGAGAGAUUCAGAUUGCAACUACUUUGGAGUCACUACAAGAACUAAUCUUGAAAAACAGCACGCUGCUCCAAACAGCUGGGUGUUUUCGAUGCAUGAAGAGCAUUGAGGAGAAACACAGAAUUGUGGAAGAAUACGUCAGGUGGUAUGUGAUGGACAGAAACCACAGUGUUAUUAAAAGAUUUAAAGAUGGACUUGCCACACUGCAGUUUCUGACAGCACUUAAGCAGCAUCCAAGUGUUUUGGCUUCCUACCUCUGCCACACUGACAAGAAGCUGACCGCGAGCGAUUUGGAAAGCCUCUUCAAAGCAGAACUCAGCCCAGUGGGUAGUAAACAGAGGCAAGAGGAAUCCAAGACGCUUUGCUUUUGGUCAGACUAUCUCCUCGACUGUGAAGGUUUGUUAUUUAGUUUAACAAACAAUGUUAUGUUUUCGGUUAAUUUUAGAAAUCUUUAGAUCAAUAGUUCACCCAAAAAUAAAAAUGUCAAAAGUUCUCCUGCUCACUCAUUUAUACAAUGGUAGUGACUU